AGAAAAUGCUCCGAGCUGGUCGCUCUAUCACCUUUGCCGGUAUGCACAGAAGGGAGCGCAUACUUGUCGACGUACUCUCCAUUCAACCCGAGGAGGGCACACAAGCUUUGAGAAAAGAGCACUCCCAAGACCAUAUGCCUCACGCAGGUAUUCAUCUUGAACAUUGGAACUCAGUUGGGGCGAUUUGGAAGGCAGCGAUUACUAUUCUGGUAUUGAGAUAUCUAUUCUUCGGAAGACGUGAGCUACUGCCAGCACCUCAGUCUUCAGAUUCACCUAUGAAAUUCGCUCAAGAGGAGCAGUACCUCCAAGGCACCAACGACUACCUCACUGCGGGCACAUAUUUCGAUGAUCCACUUUCGAGAAGCCCCUCUGCAUCGCCUAUUCAAUCACCUUACGCCCCUGCCGAGCCGCUAAACUUUGAUCUAUGGGACGCCCGCUACGACAUCCACGACGAAGCCUUUACCACUCUCACAUCUGUUUUGGCGACUCUCCAGCCUGACCUCGAUCCUAUUACCCUCCGAUGUGUACUUAUACCCGUCAUCAUAUUGGCGCUUGUCAGCCGUCCGGAUAGCAAGGAACGCGCCAUCUGUGUAGCCUACUUUGAACGACUGGACGUAUUUGUACAGCAUUCUUGUAAAAGCCGGGCCGACAGCGAGAAUAUGAAUUACUCGAUCCCUUGGGACAAGCUAGAUGCUUUUUCUGAAGUCGCCAAGAUGCAAGUAGAUCCUGAGAUGGAGUCUAUGAAAGGUAGUGCGCCUGAAUGGAACUGGUGGGACAUGCUCAAGCACAUUGAUUUGGACCUUUGGUGGCCCGUCACAGCUGGUCUCUCGCACCUCGAAAGCAGUCCCGAGUUCUGGACCUUUAAGCUCAUCGGUGGGGUUGCUAACGAGGAGAGCUUCAAGGUAUGGAUGCAGGACACAACUGCGUCCAGCUCUAUGCCUUCUGCCUGAUAAAACUCAGCAUUCAGAUUAUCCCUUAACAUCUAUCGAUAUAACGCCUCCACGAUCAGGUUGAUGUCCUGUCUAUGUCCACUAAAUCUCUCAAGAAAAGGACUUCACUACUUCCAACAACCUGCUUUCUCUCUCUAUGUUUUUUUCCUGGCAGGAGGCAUUAGCAUGGCGUUUGAUGGACUUC